UGUAUACGCAAGCUACGGGAUGAGUCAAAUGCCAGCUUAGAGCCAAGAAAGCUGCUUAGCUGCAAUGUACCUAUUAAACAUCAAUUGUCAGAGGCCAACGGCGUUUCCAAGGCGCUAAGGUGUAAGACAAAUCGUUAAAGGAACGGGGAAGUUUGCUUUAAAGGUUAGGCCGUAAUGACGUAUUCACCCUCCCACCUGUCGAAGAUCUCCUACGCCUAUUCAGUCCUAUGCCACCUUCCUUACGGCGAUACUAAACGCUCUAACCUAGGGAUACGUAUCUUAGCUGCUAUGGCCUUUACCGAGACGGGCAGUCUCCCAAUAAUAAAUUCCCGCUCAUGCAUUCUCCUAUUUCUAUCCGCUUUGCCCAACUCUUUAUCUUACAACACCAACGUCUACCUUUCUCUUCAUUCUACUACCUUGCAACACAAGACUAUUAUAGACCACCAACCACACGCUUAUUCUGCACAACAACAUCUCUGAAAAUGCCUAGCUACAUUGUUACCCUUAAGGAGAACGCUACUCCCGAGGAGGUGGCUGCGGCGAAGAAGCACGCUCAGGACCAGGGCGGCAAGAUUGGCCACGAAUACAGCCUUAUCAAGGCUUUCUCUGUUACAUUCCCUAACGACGCCGUGAAUACGCUGGAGUCCCACGAGCAUGUUAAAGCUGUCGAGCUGGACCAGGAAGUGAGGACGCAAUAACUGUCGUGAUGAGGGGCAAUUUGGGUGUUACAGCGCCAUCGCGCGAGCGUGACCGAGCCAGCAGGCCAGUGUAUGAUGCGGGGCUUUGAAGCUAUGCUACUACGGUACUAGGUUAUACUAGAAAGCUUGACUUGACUUGGCUUAUGCAAGAGUCAAGAAUAAUAGAUACCUGAUCUACGAAGUACCAAUCUUUCUUACCAAACGUCACGUACCUUACACAAGAGAUCUUACCUGAAUAGGUACAUAACAAGAAC